ACGUGACUGCAGUCCUGCGCGUGGAUCGCACUGCGGCUCGCGUCCCGGCGAGUUCUCGCCUGCGCGCGGCCGUUGCCGCGGAGACGACGCAUGUCUCCCGGGGCGCGUAGCCCCUUCUGCAGUCCCCCCUCCCCUUUUCUCCCACCACAAUGAGAUCCUAAGAUGGCGGUGGCUGCGGCGGUUGGCGCCGACUGGCUGAGUUAGGAAAGGCGGCCAUUGGGCCCGCGGCAGCCAGGGAACUUGCGGACUGUCCCUGCUGCGGUCUCCGGGGGAGGAACACGGUCGGUGGCGGGUUGUGGGGUCUGACCGUUACUCCGCUCUUGGCAGGAGCGGCUGCUUCGUUUACAGGUAUUGCGUGCGCGUCCCCAGCCCUUGGCAACCGAGGGCUGCGCGGCGCCAGGGGCGGGAGAUCAACCGCUUUGGGAGUCUAGCCCCGGGAGGCCUGGCUUCGGGCCCAGGCCUCGCUGUGGGCUCCUGGGUCUUCUCCCUGCCUACUUCAGGCGGUCCGCCCCUCGUCCGGACCGACCGACGCCAUCUCGGGCAGAAAACAACUUUGAAGUGUGAAGCAGAAAAAGAGCUGUUUCUGUGCUGCAAAAACUAGUUUCCAAGCAGAAAAUUAAUUGUUAAAGCCAGUAUGGCCGCAGGAGGAGGUCCUUUUGAAGAAGGCAUGAAUGAUCAGGAUUCCCCCAACUGGAGCAAUGAGAGUGUUGAUGACCGACUCAACAACAUGGAUUGGGGUGGCCAACAGAAGAAGGCAAAUAGAUCAUCAGAAAAGAAUAAGAAGAAGUUUGGUGUAGAAAGUGACAAGCGGGUAACCAAUGACAUUUCUCCGGAGUCGUCACCAGGAGUUGGAAGGCGAAGAACGAAGACUCCGCACACGUUUCCGCACAGCAGAUACGUGACCCAGAUGUCUGUUCCGGAGCAGGCGGAGCUCGAGAAGCUUAAGCAGCGGAUAAACUUCAGUGAUUUAGAUCAGAGAAGCAUUGGAAGCGACUCUCAAGGCAGAGCAACAGCCGCUAACAACAAGCGUCAGCUUGGUGAGAACCGCAAGCCCUUCAACUGCUUGCCCAUGCAGAUCAACACUAACAAGAGCAGAGACGCCGCCCCCAGUCCUCAGAAGAAAGAAGGGACUGGGCCGGCGCAGUGCAAAGAGUUGUUUGCUUCCGCUUUAAGUAACGACCUUUUGCAAAACUGUCAAGUCUCUGAAGAAGAUGGGAGAGGAGAGCCUGCCAUGGAGAGCAGCCAGAUGCAGGUUGUAAGCAGGCUUGUUCAGAUUCGUGACUAUAUUACCAAAGCUAGCUCCAUGCGGGAGGAUCUUGUAGAGAAAAAUGAAAGAUCUGCUAAUGUCGAGCGCCUUACUCAUCUAAUAGAUCACCUUAAAGAACAGGAAAAGUCAUACAUGAAAGUUCUCCAAAAGAUCCUUGCCAGAGAUCCUCAGCAGGAGCCUAUGGAAGAGAUGGAAAAUUUGAAGAAACAACAUGAUUUAUUAAAAAGGAUGUUAGAGCAGCAGGAACAGCUGCGAGCGCUGCAGGGAAGACAAGCUGCCCUCCUUGCUCUGCAGCAUAAAGCAGAGCAAGCUAUUGCCGUGAUGGACGACUCUGAAAAGAUUGCAGGGACAACUCCUGGCCAUCAUACUGUACCGUGCAGACAGCCAGAUCGCUCUCCUUUGCAUCAGAGAGUACCCUUAAGAGAAACUACAGGUAGCCUAUCUGGAGUCAGUAUCACAUCUGAACUAAAUGAAGAAUUGAAUGAUUUAAUUCAGCGUUUUCAUAAUCAGCUUCGUGAUUCUCAGCCUCCAGCUGUUCCAGAUAAUAGAAGACAGGCAGAAAGCCUUUCAUUGACUAGAGAGGUUUCCCAGAGCAGGAAUCCAUCAGUUUCAGAACAUUUGCCUGAUGAGAAAGUCCAACUUUUUAGCAAAAUGAGAGUGUUACAGGAAAAGAAGCAAAAAAUGGACAAACUGCUUGGAGAACUUCAUACACUUCGGGAUCAGCAUCUGAACAACUCAUUCGUGCCUCCUUCAGCCCCUGCGCAGAGGAGCGUGGAUCAAAGGGGUACCCCGUCCACCCCCUCUGCUCCUGUGUACUCGGCACCAGCCACCAGUGGAGAGCCCAACAGCCUCGCGCCAGCGGGUCCUUACGCUGCAGCUCCUCUGCUUUCUCAGACUGACAAUGAAAAUGAAGGCCACCUAAAUCCAACUGAAAAACUCCAGAAGUUAAAUGAAGUUCGAAAGAGAUUGAAUGAACUAAGAGAAUUAGUUCAUUAUUAUGAACAGACAUCAGAUAUGAUGACAGAUGCUGUAAAUGAAAACACAAAAGAUGAAGAAACUGAAGAGUCAGAAUAUGAUUCUGAGCAUGAAACUUCUGAACCUGUUACUAACAUUCUGAAUCCACAAGUAGCUGCCACCAGGAAUGAAGUAAAUAGUAUUUCUAAUGCACAGUGUGUUUCUAAUAAUAGAGAUGGCAGAUCAGUUAAUUCUAAUUGUGAGAUUAACAACAGAUCUGCUGCCAACAUAAGAGCUUUAAACAUGCCUCCUUCUCUAGAUUGCCGAUACAAUAGAGAAGGAGAGCAGGGGGUUCGUGUUGCACAAGGUGAAGAUGAUGAGGAGGAGGAGGAGGAGGAAGCAGAAGAUGAAGGCGCCAGUGCAGCCUCAUUAUCCAGUCACAGGAGCAGUGUGGUGGAUGUGGACGAGGCUCCAGAAGAUGCUGAAUUUGAACAGAAGAUCAAUAGACUUAUGGUUGCAAAACAGAAACUUCGGCAGUUACAGGAUCUUGUUGCCAUGGUACAGGAUGAUGACGCAGUAGAACAAGGAGCUGUUUCUGCCAGCACUUCAAAUUUGGAUGAUUUCUACCCAGCAGAAGAGGACACCAAACAGAAUGCGAAUAACACCAGAGGAAAUACCAAUAAAAUACAGAAAGACACUGGAGUAAAUGAAAAGGCGAGAGAGAAAUUUUAUGAGGCUAAACUACAGCAGCAACAGAGAGAACUCAAACAAUUGCAGGAGGAAAGAAAGAAACUGAUUAAGAUUCAAGAGAAAAUUCAAGCAUUGCAAAAGGCAUGUCCUGACCUACAGCUGUCAGCUACUAGUGCGGGUAAUUGUCCCACAAAAAAAUAUAUGCCAGCUGUCACUUCAACCCCAACUGUUAAUGAAAAUGAAACCAAUACAAGCAAAUCUGUUUUUGAGCCUGAAGUUUCUUCAGUAGUAGAUAAUGAGCUUUGGUCAGAAAUGCGCAGACAUGAAAUUUUAAGGGAAGAGCUGCGACAGAGGAGAAAGCAGCUUGAAGCCCUGAUGGCCGAACACCAGCGGAGGCAGGGUCUGGCUGAAACCGCGUCCCCAAGGGCCGCUUCCUUGAGAAGUGAUGGGUCUGAGAAUCUGUGUACUCCUCAGCAAAGCAGAACAGAAAAAACAAUGGCAACGUGGGGCGGCUCUACCCAGUGUGCACUGGAUGAAGAAGGAGAUGAAGAUGGUUACCUUUCUGAAGGAGUUGUUCGGACAGAUGAAGAGGAAGAGGAAGAACAGGAUUCCAGUUCCAAUGAUAACUUUUCAGUAUAUCCUCCCAAUAGCACGAAUCAUAACUCUUACAAUGCAAAGGAAACUAAAAAUAGGUGGAAGAACAAUCGCCCCUUUUCAGCAGAUGGAAAUUAUCGUCCCCUAGCCAAGACCAGACAACAGAAUAUCAGCAUGCAGCGUCAGGAGAACCUCCGCUGGGUGUCAGAGCUCUCGUAUGUAGAGGAGAAAGAACAGUGGCAAGAACAGAUUAACCAGCUGAAGAAACAGCUUGAUUUCAGUGUCAGUAUUUGCCAGACUUUGAUGCAGGACCAGCAGGCUCUGUCUUGUCUGCUGCAGACCCUCCUCACGGGCCCGUACAGUGUCAUGCCCAGCAACGUCGCGUCGCCUCAGGUGCACCUCAUCAUGCACCAGCUGAACCAGUGCUACACGCAGCUGACGUGGCAGCAGAAUAACGUGCAGAGGUUGAAACAAAUGCUAAAUGAACUUAUGCGCCAACAAAAUCAGCAUCCAGAAAAAUCUGGAAGCAAGGAAAGAGGCAACAGUGCAUCACACCCUCCUUCUCCCAGUUUGUUUUGUCCGUUCAGCUUUCCAACACAGCCUGUAAAUCUGUUUAACCUACCUGGGUUUACUAAUUUUUCAUCAUUUGCACCAGGUGUGAAUUUCAGCCCUUUAUUUCCUUCUAAUUUUGGAGAUUUUUCUCAGAAUAUUUCUACAUCCACUGAACAGCAGCAACCAUUAGCCCAGAAUUCUUCUGGGAAAACAGAAUAUAUGGCUUUUCCAAAACCUUUUGAAAGUAGUUCUUCUAUUGGAGCAGAGAAACAAAGGCACGCACCUGCUGCUAGCCCCGGCACAAGAGCAGCGCAGCAUUUUGACCAGUGUCCCGGGAGAGUCACUGUGAAAGGGAAUCAAAAGCAGCCCGAAGAGGAGAUGGAAAACAGUAGAACACCAUGGUUAUAUGACCAAGAAGGUGAAGUAGAAAAACCAUUCAUCCAGACUGGAUUUGCAGUGUCUGUAGAGAAGACUACAAAUAGCAAUCGCAAGAAUCAGUUAGAUACCAGCAGAAGGCGCCAGUCUGACGAAGAGUCGUUGGAAAGCUUUAGCAGCAUGCCUGAUCCAGUGGAUCCGACCACUGUGUCGAAAACAUUCAAGGCGAGGAAAGCCUCUGCACAGGCCAGCCUGGCAUCUAAAGACAGAACUCCCAAGUCGAAGAGUAAGAAGAGGCAUUCUGCUCAGCUGAAAAGCAGAAUUAAAAGUGUUGGGUAUGAAAGUGCCAGUAUGUCUAGCACAUGUGAACCUUGCAAAAAUAGGAACAGACAUUCAGCCCAGACUGAAGAGCCUGUUCAAGCAAAAGUAUUCAGCAGACAGAAUCAUGAGCAGCUGGAAAAAAUAAUAAAAUGUAGUAGGUCUACAGAAAUAUCUUCAGAAACUGGGAGUGAUUUUUCCAUGUUCGAAGCUUUGCGGGAUACUAUUUAUUCUGAAGUAGCUACAUUAAUUUCUCAAAAUGAAUCUCGUCCACAUUUUCUUAUUGAACUCUUCCAUGAGCUUCAGCUACUUAAUACAGACUACUUGAGACAGAGGGCCUUAUACGCAUUGCAGGACAUCGUAUCCACACAUAUUUCUGAGAGCCACGAGAAAGAAGGGGAAAAUGUAAAGUCAGCGAAUUCUGGUACUUGGAUAGCAUCCAACUCAGAACUUACUCCCAGUGAAAGCCUUGCUACUACUGAUGAUGAAACUUUUGAGAAGAACUUUGAGAGAGAAACACAUAAAAUAAGUGAGCAAAAUGAUGCUGAUAAUGCUAGUGUCCUGUCUGUAUCUUCAAAUUUUGAGCCUUUUGCAACAGAUGAUCUGGGUAACACUGUGAUCCACUUGGACCAGGCGCUGGCCAGGAUGAGGGAGUACGAACGCAUGAAAACUGAGGCCGAAAGUAACACAAACGUAAGAUGUACCUGCAAGAUCAUUGAGGAUGACAGUGGUGCUGCUGCCAUGACCACUGUCAAUGAUUUAGAAGAAACUCCUAUUAUUGAAAAUCAUAAUUCACAACAACCUGUAAGUGAAAUCUCUGCCGUCCCAUGUCCUAGAAUUGAUACUCAGCAGCUAGACCGACAAAUUAAAGCAAUUAUGAAAGAAGUCAUUCCAUUUUUGAAGGGUUUUUCUCAGGAGCACAUGGAUGAAGUAUGCUCUCCUCAGCUUCUGACUUCAGUGAGGCGCAUGGUGCUGACCCUGACCCAGCAGAACGACGAGAGCAAGGAGUUCGUCAAGUUCUUUCAUAAGCAGCUUGGAAGUAUAUUACAGGAUUCAUUGGCAAAAUUUGCUGGCAGGAAACUGAAAGACUGUGGAGAGGAUCUUCUUGUGGAGAUAUCGGAAGUGUUGUUUAAUGAGCUGGCGUUCUUUAAACUCAUGCAAGAUUUGGAUAAUAAUAGCAUGACAGUUAAACAGAGAUGCAAAAGGAAAAUAGAAGCAGCUGGAGUGAUACAGUCUUAUGCCAAAGAGGCCAGAAGGAUUCUCGAAGGAGAUCGUGGCUCACCUGCUGCAGAAAUUGACGAGGAAGACAAAGACAAGGACGAGACUGAAACAGUUAAGCAGACUCAAACACCUGAAGAGUAUGAUGGCGACGGUCCCAAAAAUGUGAGAUCCGACAUUUCCGAUCAGGAGGAAGAUGAAGAAAGUGAAGAAUGCCCAGUGUCCAUUAAUUUGUCCAAAGCUGAAACCCAAGCAUUGACUAAUUAUGGAAGUGGAGAAGAUGAGAAUGAAGAUGAAGAAAUAGAAGAAUUUGAGGAGGGACCUGUAGAUGUUCAGACUUCACUUCAGGCUAACAUUGAAACUACAGAAGAAAACGAACAUGAUGACCAGGUUCUACAACAGGAGUUUGAAAAAUCAGCAGAAAGCAAAAAUGUCCCAUCAGAACAAGAAACCACUGCUAGUAAAGAUGACCAGGACAGCGCUCCUGUGAAACCGUGCUCCCUCAACAUCUUGGAAAACGAGCGACCUCUCAACACCACUGUCCAGAAGGGCUCGCCUGCGACCGCCGAGUCAUCUAAACAGCCCGGCACUUUGCCCUUGCCGCUAACUGAGACCGAAACCCUGGUGCCCAGAGUCAAAGAGAUGAAAUCUGCUCAGGAGACUCCUGAGAGCUCCCUGGCUGGAAGUUCUGACACCGACUCCCCAGUGCUGGUGAAUGACUAUGAAGCAGAAUCGGGUAAUAUAAGUCAGAAAUCUGAUGAAGAAGACUUUGUGAAAGUUGAAGAUUUACCACUUAAACUGACAAUAUACUCAGAGGCAGAUCUAAGGAAGAAAAUGGUACAAGAAGAACAGAAAAACCAUUUAUCUGCUGAGUUAUUAUGUGAAAUGCAGACUGAAGAAUUAGCUGGGGAUUCUCAGACACUGAAAGAACCUGAAACAGUGGGAGCCCAGAGCACAUGAAUAUCUCCAGAGGCUCAUCCAACUCUCUUUACUACAUAGUCAGUGCAUAUAUGGAAAUGGUUCUAAAUAAACAUCUGUUUUGAUCUGUA